AUGGCAGAGCAAGUGUUCAGAUCAAUAGCUGCUGAAGCAAAGCAAAUUCCUACCUGGGACAUCGAGAGUAUCCUUACCAGAGCUGUAUAUCGUGCGCUGAAUGACAGUGGGAGCCAAUUGGUCAAUGUUGAAUACACAAAAUUCCCUACGAGUAUCGAUAAGAGUCGCAUAACAAGUGAUGCUCAACUUCAGUUGCGUUUGGUAGCUGAGAGGCUCUGCACUCGUGUAGAGCGUCGUUAUGAAAAACGACUCUUGCAGCAAAGAGAGAAAGAUCGAGUAGACACGGAUCGCAAGUUGGCAGACAUUCGCGCUGAGUACGCUGAGCAAAUGGAAAUGAGGCGUCGGGAACUGGAGCGGCAGAGAGAGCGAUUGGAAGAGCAGUUUGCAGAAAAGGAUCGAGUUCUCCGCCAUAAAAUUGACUGCAGUUGUCGAGAAGGAAAGCGCCUAGAAUUACAAGAAAAUCUACUUGAGGAUCGCACUUGCCGGCUUGCGAUGAAAAGGAAACACCUGGAGUUCGUGCUAAGCGAAUUCCACAGGGCAAAGUUCACAUCUGAUGUCGAGCUUCUCAACCAAGAAUGGGCAAAACUGAGCGGCAAGCAGGAAGAGUUGAGAUCAUACUAUCGACAGGAGUUUGAGGCGGAACAGAAAGGAAUGAAGGAAAAAUCAGAAGAGCUGGAAAAAGUCAAUGCUGCUCUGAAGAGAAGUCUCAGCGAAAGCAGUGCCGAAAUCUAUCAAAUGCGCUCGCAGUUGUCAAGAAUGACGAGUUUAGAGGACGAACUAAAAAUUAUGAGCGAAAGACUUCGCAGGAAGUGGAGGAGAAGGCAUCCGUUUGUCACGGUUUUCUUAUGA